CUGAGCGGCGCUGCCUGGGCUCUGCUUGGCUCCCGCUAGGACUGCAGUUCCUGUGGGGGUGGGUCGCGGGGAUGACAGCGGCGGUGGCAGCCGCUGCGGCGCGGGACUGAGCGGGCGGCGAGCGAGCCAGGGGAAGAGGAGGAAGUAUAGCUGCUGCCCGGAGCUCUGGAGUCAGCUGCCGCGCCGAGGACCGCCCCAUUUCGCCGAGCGAGCCGAGUCCAGACCUAGGAAGACUUCCCUGCCGGGCUCCAGCCGCCGCGGCUCCGCGCCCCCUCGCAGGCGCCCUGCCCUGCCCCGCCUACCCCAGCCCCUGGUUCCGCCGGGACGCUCCCUGCCCCGCGGUCCGGGGCGUGUGGCCCGGACGCCCCGAGCCCCCGACCCUGAUCCACUGCACCGGGGCGGGACGCUCCCGGCCCACCAUACGGCUCCAGGGUUACGGGCUCGUUCCCAGCCUUUCUAUAGUGUGUGUCAGAACCCCCAGCCCUCCGAUCGGGGUUAAGGCGGGGUGCUCCCAGUCCCCUGACAGUGCAAAGGAGCCCGGACGCCUCCAGACUCUGGUUCCCCGAAACCCGAACCUUCAGCUGCCUCCGAUCCGGUGUUUCGGACUUCGGACCGUGCGAACGUCCGGGUCCAGUGCCGCGUGAGGGGUCCCAGGCGGGCUGGACAGUGGGACUGAACCGGACCUAGCUGGUGCUGCAAGCCGAACCUGCCACCUUCCUGCCACCCCAGGCGAGGGGCUGAGCGUUUGCCCCGAAGAGAACACAAGGGAGAGCCGAGAGCUGCAGCUCUCCCACUGAAGUGACAUCACCACCUCCGUGGACAGGACCCCCCAGGAGCCCAGCUCACAGCCACUGGCACCUUCUUCCAGGACCAGCCGGGAGCCUCCAUGGGCGCCUGAGGGUAGGGCGCCAGGGCUGCAGGCACGAGCAUGGUGAGACACCAGCCCCUGCAGUACUAUGAGCCGCAGCUCUGCCUCUCCUGCCUCACGGGCAUCUACGGCUGCCGCUGGAAGCGCUACCAGCGGUCUCACGAUGACACCACACCGUGGGAGCGCCUCUGGUUCCUGCUCCUCACCUGCACCUUCAGCCUCACGCUCACCUGGCUCUACUUCUGGUGGGAAGUCCACAACGACUACAAUGAAUUCAACUGGUACCUCUACAACCGCAUGGGCUACUGGAGUGACUGGUGUGUGCCCAUCCUCAUGACCACAGCAGCCGCCUUCACUUACAUCGCGGGCCUCCAGGUCCUGGCACUAUGUCACAUCGCUGUGGGGCAGCAGAUGAACCUGCACUGGCUGCACAAGAUAGGGCUGGUGGCCAUCCUGGUGGCUACAGUGGUGGCCAUGUCGGCUGUGGCCCAGCUGUGGGAGGACGAGUGGGAGGUGCUGCUGAUCUCCCUGCAGGGCACAGCACCGUUCCUACACGUGGGGGCCCUGGUCGCUGUCACUGCACUCUCCUGGAUCGUGGCAGGACAGUUUGCCCGAGCAGAGCGGUCCUCCUCCCAGAUGGCCAUUCUCGGUACCUUCUUCACCGUGGCGUUUGCCCUGUACCUGGCCCCUCUCACCAUCUCCUCUCCCUGCAUCAUGGAGAAAAAGGACCUGGGCCCCAAACCUGCCCUCAUCGGCCACCGCGGGGCCCCCAUGCUGGCCCCAGAGCACACGCUGAUGUCCUUCAGGAAGGCUCUAGAGCAGAAGCUGUACGGACUCCAGGCUGACGUCACUAUCAGCCUGGACGGUGUGCCCUUCCUCAUGCACGACACCACCCUGCGGCGCACCACCAACGUGGAGGAAGAGUUCCCGGAGCUCGCCCGCAGGCCUGCCUCCAUGCUCAACUGGACCCUCCUGCAGAGGCUCAAUGCCGGCCAGUGGUUCCUGAAGACGGACCCCUUCUGGACGGCCAGCUCGCUGUCACCCUCCGACCACAGGGAGGCCCAAAACCAGUCCAUCUGCAGCCUAGUGGAACUCUUGGAGCUGGCCAAGGGCAAUGCCACGCUGCUGCUCAACCUGCGUGACCCACCACGGGAGCACCCCUACCGUGGCAGCUUCCUCAAUGUCACGCUGGAGGCCCUCCUGCGCUCGGGCUUCCCCCAGCACCAGGUCCUGUGGCUGCCUAGCAGGCAGAGGCCCUUCGUGCGGAAGGUCGCUCCUGGCUUCCAGCAGACAUCAGGCUCCAAGGAGGCAGCUGCCAGCCUGCGGAAAGGCCACAUCCAGCGGCUGAACCUGCGCUACACUCAGGUGUCCCGCCAGGAGCUCAGGGACUAUGCAUCCUGGAACCUGAGUGUGAACCUCUACACGGUCAAUGCCCCGUGGCUCUUUUCCCUGCUGUGGUGCGCGGGGGUCCCGUCCGUCACCUCUGACAACUCCCACACCUUAUCCCAGGUGCCUUCCCCCCUCUGGAUCAUGCCCCCGGACGAGUACUGUCUCAUGUGGGUCACCGCCGACCUGAUCUCCUUCACCCUGGUCGUUGGCAUCUUCGUGCUCCAGAAGUGGCGCCUGGGUGGCAUGCGGAGCUACAACCCCGAGCAGAUCAUGCUGAGCGCCGCAGUGCACCGGACCAGCCGGGACGUCAGCAUCAUGAAGGAGAAGCUCAUCUUCUCAGAUGCAUGCCAGGCACUGUUUUAGGUGCUUAGGACACAGAUUCUUGCCUUUGGUGUACUUAAUUCCUCCUACCUUUGCUCAAAAACCCUCCUUCUCCUGGGGGCCUUCCCUGAGUACCAAAGCUGGGUUGGAGGGCCUUCCUAGUGUCCCACAGCUCUCUGGCGACACUGGGGAGCUCCUGGAAGGAGGAGCCAGUCCGGGGCACCUGGGGCCUCCAGGCUCCUGCACUGUGCCUGGCCCAGAGAAGUCAGAAGGGGCAGUUCACAUGAAUGGAAGACAAGAGGCCAGCACUUAGGCCUGUCAGGUUCUGCACCAUCCCCUCAACCCCCCGCCUCUCCUGCAGUGCCAAAGGCCACUCACCUAGCACAUUCUGAGUGUUGGCCCUGAGGAAUCAGCCACAGGCCUCACCCUCUGCCCACUCCUGGUUGAGAGGUCCUCUCCAGGGACCCUCAGCCCCACCAAAGCACCCUAAGUCCCCUUGGGGUCUGCCUUCAGCAGACCUUUCCUGAGCCUCCGCUGUGUGUCCAGCACUGCACUGGGCCCUGGCGACACUGAUGCCCAGACCUCAUCCUUGCCCUGGAGGUCCUCCAGACGAUGGGGGCCACAGAUGGUGACAGACAGGUGAUGGGGCGGGGGGAGCAGGGUGGUCAUGAGAAGGCCCCAUCCCAGCCUGGGGGUAAUAACAGAAAUGAGAAGACUUAGCCAGAUUUUAAGAAAAGGAGGUAUUAUCGGGAGGUCAUGCCCAGGAGACAGGCCAAUAUGCACAAAGCCCUGAGGAGAGUACACACACAUGGGUGCCAAGCUCGAGAGGGUGCAUGGUUUUCUGCAGCUGGAAGGGGGAGUUCCAGGGGAGAGGAAACUGAGACGUGACCAGAAUGUUUGCAGAGACUGAGAAGGACCUUGAAGGCCAAGCUCAAUACCAAACCUGAAACCCGAGGUUCAUUCUUCCAAGUGCCUGACCAGGAGUGGCUACAGGCCACCCCUUCCCACCGCAUCUGCCAGCCAUCCUUGUCCACCCGUCUCUUCCCUGCACUCACAUCCUGCCUCCCUCUGGCCCCGCAGAGAUCAGCGAUGGCAUGGAGGUCUCUGAUGAGCUCUCCGUAUGUUCAGACAACAGUUACGACACGUAUGCCACCAGCGCCACCGCCCCUGUGGCCCCCAGAGGGAGCGGCAGCCGCGCCAAGACCCUCACAGAGCGGA